UCAGUAUUUAGGGUUUUUGGUUUGAAAAACAUUUUGAUUUGAUUUACAGUUGGGAUUGAAAGCAGAGUAAGUAGUCAAGUAAGUAUUGGAUUGGUGGUGAUUUGAGGAAGAUGGAGAACGGUAACGACCGGAAAUUGUCGGACAAGUUCUCCGGCUUGACGCUGAACGACCCGGCCGUCUCGGCGCCCAACAACGAUAGCUUGUUUCAGGUCAUGAAGGCCGUUGAAGCCGCCGAGGCCACCAUCAAGCAACAGGCUGAAGAGAACAGUAGAUUGAAGUCCGAACUGCAAAGACUUCGAGAACUCGACAAAUAUAAAAUAGCUGAAUCAAUUGCUGGAAGACCACGUUUUGUGGAUAAUCAAGAUGACAGGCUCAAGAACUUUUCUCCUGUUUAUCCCUCGGCUUCAUUUUUACAGUCAAAUAGUGAGGAUACUGCCUUUAGGGGGCGUGAAGAAACCCGCUCUGAGACCAGCAAGAUGAAUGGGACAUUGGGUGCGCUUCCUGGUGCUCACCCAUCUUCAGAUAAUGCUUCACAAUCUCAAUUCUCCGUCCCUUCACCUAACAGGGAUCAAAUAAAUUUGCCCGGACAUGGGUUCAUGCCAAUGACAGAAGUAAAUAAUUCAACCGCCCUCUGGAAUAAGGCUCAGGAGCGUGAAGAAGAGAUUUUGCAGUUGCGGAAGCAGCUUGGUGAGUAUUCUAUCAAGGAAGCCCAAAUUCGCAAUGAAAAAUAUGUUCUUGAAAAGCGUAUUGCUUAUAUGCGACUGGCCUUCGAUCAACAGCAACAAGACCUUGUUGAUGCUGCAUCAAAAGCUCUCUCAUAUAGACAGGAUAUAAUAGAGGAAAAUAUACGUUUAACGUAUGCAUUACAGGCAGCACAGCAAGAAAGAACGACAUUUGUGUCAUCUUUAUUGCCUCUUCUUGCAGAGUAUUCUCUACAGCCACCAGUUCCAGAUGCUCAGUCCAUUGUAAGCAAUGUUAAGGUUCUCUUUAGACAUCUCCAGGAGAAGCUCAUUCUAACCGAGUCAAAGUUAAAGGAGUCUCAAUAUCAGUUAGCAUCUUGGCGAUCAGAUGUGAAUCAUUCUAAUUUUGCACCACAGUCUCCAACUCAUUCCAUUGGUGUAGCAUUGACAACUUCAGGCAAAAAUGGGCUUGAACUGGUGACCCAGCCAACAUAUUCUCAUGUAAAUCCACCUACAAGUUCUAGUGCUCAGACAACCUCAGAUUGGCAUCUGUUGGGUCACCAACAUGGUGACUUAGGUGGUGGUGUUGCACAAAAUAUGGAACCUGACGAUUUGGGGAGGUAUUCACCUUUCGUGAGCAGGCCUUCUCCUUCCCCAGUGAUAUCUUCAUAUCCAACAAGAUAUAUUGAAGAAACAACUAACAAGCAAGUCACUUUCCGUGACCCUGUCAGCAAUAGCGAGAUGGAUGAUCCUGAUACUGAAAGGCAGCGAAAUGAGAGAGAAUCUCCAGCAAAUUGGGCUUCAGGAAGCUCUCCUUACCCACCCCCAGUUGAUGAUCCCAAUUCCUCAUAUUCUCCUGGUUUAGAACCAGUUCUUGAAGAGCCUUCAUCUUCUUAUUCUGAGGUUGCUGAGGACGAUCCACUACCAGCUAUAGACGGCCUUCAAAUUUCAGGUGAUGCUUAUCCAGGAAGAGAGCUCCAGGCAUGUGGAUAUUCUAUAAACGGAACCACUAGUUGUAAUUUUGAGUGGGUGCGGCAUUUGGAAGAUGGAUCUGUUGAUUAUAUUGAGGGAGCAAAGCAGCCAAACUAUCUUGUUAGUGCUGAUGAUGUUGAUACUUACCUUGCCAUUGAAGUCCAGCCUCUAGAUGAUAGGAAGCGCAAGGGAGAGCUUGUGAAGGUCUUUGCCAAUGAGCACAGGAAGAUCACCUGUGAUCCUGACAUGCAGAGCCAUAUAGUGAAGACUCUUUAUGAUGGUCAUGUUUCAUACCAAGUCUCCUUGACCAGAAUCCUUGGCAUAUGGGAGCAAGCUACAUUGGCCAUCAAAAGGGAAGGUUACAGUAUCAAGUGUGGUGGAACCAGUGGAAUUGUAGUUACUGAAAAGUUCUCACCAAAUACCAAUGUCACAAUUCCAUAUGGAGAUCCGACACAAUUUUUAAUAAUUGGAUCUGAUGGUGUUGAGCAUCUUUUACAAGCAGAUAGCAGCUCCUCAGACAUUAGUAGUUCAAGGGAUUGUAUCGUGCUCACCCUAAGAUUGUUUAUUAUGAAGGCUGGUGAGAGAAAGAAAGGAAAGAAGAGAGGCAUAUUCUUUAACAAGUAAGGUAGAUUGGUGCUUUUGCUUGGUUGAAUAGAAAUCAUAGUUGAGAAUUCGCUAUGCCGCUUCAUUUGUUGAUGGCUGACUCUUUUUUUUGGGUGUAGCACAUCCAUUACUAGCAGAAAGAGCUUGAGAUGUAACUGCAUUUUGUAAUCGAUAAUUCCUUUUGUCUAAAGAAAAGUUUUUGUUUUGGUGCUCUGUAAUACCUUAUUCAUUCUUCGUUAAAAUGUUGAAAUCAUAUGGUCAUACAGGACAGGACAGCACGAACUAGAGGUUACCAUUAGCCCCCAUUUAGAAGUUGACAGGGAUGAUGGUCGAUUUUGCCCAACUUUGCGUUAUGGCAAAAUUGUUGUAUUUUCCUCAUACAUAGGCUUAAGAUUAAUUUUGG